AUGUCGGCCACAGCUUCACGCAGAGGGUCCUUCCCUCGCCCCAAGGGUCGCUCCAACCAACAGGUGCAGGACGACACCGAGGAGGUGCGCAACCUCCGCGCCAAAUACUCGGAUCAGCUCGCCAUGAUCCGUGAACUCUUCCCCACCUGGACCGACGAGGACCUCCUCUUUGCACUCCAAGAAUCGCUCGGCGACGUCGAGAACGCCGUCGUCCGCAUCUCCGAAGGUCAGGUCGAGCAGUUCUCUUCCGUCAAGUCAAAGAAGCACGUCAAGAAGGAGUCCAACGUCCACCACGCGGCUCCCGCACCCCACGCUUCCGCACCUCCGACCACCACCGCACCUCACGCCGCCCGAGGAAACCACAUCGGCGCCCCUGCCGGCCGCGGUCGUGGCGGUGCUUCGGUGCGAGGCGCUCGCGGUGGUCGAGGCGGCUUCCGCGGCGUCGGUGGACGCGGCGGUGGCAUCGCUCCUCAGACCAACGGCCACGACGUCAAGACGCCCGAGACCAUCGAGGCCACCACCGCCCAGGCCUUUGCCCCCAUCGCUACGCCCACCACCGGCACCAGCUGGGCCGCCGCUCUCGGAAGGUCCAACAACAAGUCGCAACCCGUCCCAGCCGCACCCGCCGCACCCGCCGUGCCCGCUCCCGCACCUGCACUCGUCGAGGAAUCCAGCGACGCUUCCCUCGGCGCACCCGUCGCGCCUGCCGAUACCGCUGCCGCGCCAGCCCCGGCUGCCGAGAUCGUCGCCCCUCAGGCCACUGAGAGCGCCACCACCACUGGCGCUCUCUCUUCCUCCAACGACAAGCCAGUGCCCGCUGUCAAGGUUCCAGCUCCCUCCAAGCCCGCUGCCAAGCCUGCUGGCAUGAGCUGGGCUCAGAUCGCUCGCAAGUCGGAAGCACCCAAGCCCGCUCCCGCUCCGGCUGCCUCGGCCGCAUCCGAAGCCGCCCCCGCCCCAUCUGCAGAGACUGCUGCCGCCGAAUCCGCCACCGCUGCCCCCACCGAGUCGGCCGCAUCGGCUCAACCCGAUGUCUCCGCCGAGCAGCCGGCUCCGGAUGCAGUGGAGGCGGUCGCAGAACCCACCGCCGACCCUGUCGCUGACGUCAAGGAGGAUGCCGCCCCGGCUCCUGCUGUCUCCGAGUCGGUCGCUCCCGAGGCCGCGCCUGCCGCCGAAUCCGCCAGCGCCGCCCCCGCCACUGGCCCUCCUGGUCUCUCCAAGGCCGCUCCCCGUGCCCCAGCGCAGCGAUCCUCCCAACGCGCACGACAGGACGCUCCGGUCGUCAUGGCUGGUGGCUCCUCCCAGCUUGACAAGCUUGGUGUGCAAUUCGGCUCGCUCAACUUCCUUGGCGGCGAUGCCGAGGACGCUGCCGAGACGGCCGAAGAGUCUCCUGCUGCCGCCGAACCCGAGGCUGCUCCCGCUGCGGCCGCGCAGACCGCAGCCGUGCCUUCGGCUCAACGCCAGGACGCCCAGGUUGGACAGGCACAGACCGAGUCCUACAACCAGCAGCCUGCUUCCGCCCAAUACAACGGCUUCAAGUCGGACUCUUUCGACAACUCCUACGGCUUCACCGGCCAGCAGCAGCAGCAGCAAGCUACUCCCGCUCAGUCCGCUGCCCAGCCCCAGCAGCAGCAGCAGGCUGCUCAGGAGCAGAUCCACGGCUACAACGGCUACAACUCGAUCGGUCAGGGUCAGGCCGCCUCCCAGCCUCAGCCUCAGCAGGGCCUCCAGGACUACUCGUCCAUGUACGGUGGCUUGGACACCCAGCGCCUCGCCCAGUUCUACGGCGCUUACGACCAGGGCUCCAACGCCUUCGGCCAGCGAUCCGACGACAAGUCUCAGCAGCAGGCCUCGCAGCAGGGUCAGCAGUCGCAGCAGCAGGCCGGCUCGCAGCAGGCUGGCGAGCCUCACCAGCCUCAGCACCACCAGGGCCACCAGGCAGGUCCCGGCCUCCAGCAGGCUCCUCAGCAGCAGUUCCCCGGCAUCAUGCCCUACUACUACCCCCACUACUACAUGCCCAACCAGUUCCAGCACUACGCUCAGCCCACCGCCGGCUACGGUCAGUACCCUGUGUACGGCCAGCCUGCUGGCCAGCCCCAGCACCCGUCCAAGCCUGGCACGCCCGCCAACAUCGCUUCGCCUUACAGCCAGGGUCCCCAGAGCGACGCCAGCGCAUACGGCGCUCAGAACCACUACGGCCAGACCCCAAGCUCGGCUGGCCUCGCCUCGUACGACCAGGGCUUCAGCCGUGGCAUGCCUGGCCUCGGCGGCAUGUCGGACUACUCCAAGAUCUACGGCGGUGCCAUCCCGGGUCUCGGCGGCUUCCUCGGCAGCGGUGCGGGUGGCGCGCCGCCUUCGCAGAACGCUGCCUCGGGCAACGCUGGAUCCGGCAACGCUGGCACGCCCCACAUGGGCUCGCAGCAGAAGUCGGGUGCCUCUUCCGGCAGCGCGCUCGACAGCUACCGACAGUAUGAUGCCAACGCCUCCAAGGGCUCGGCACAGUCCGGAGCCGCCUCGGGCCAGGUCGGACGCGGCCAAGGCCAGUCGCAGGCUCAGCCGCAGGUGCAACAGCAACAGCAGCAGCAGCAGGCACAGCAGCAGCAGGCGCAACAGCAGCAGCAGCAACAGCAGUACUACCAGCAGUACGGCGCCUACGGACACCAGGCCAGCAGCAACGCCUACUCCAACUACCCCUACGCACGCCAGUACUGGGGUCAGUAG